AUGUGUCCACCUGGCUUUACUUCUAAGCCCAAAUACUGUUUUAAUCUGCAUUCAAGGCUUUCUGGAAAUUUAGGUCUCUCAAAAAUAUCAUCUCCUUUUUCUUUUCCUAUUAUUUAUCUUCAAAUUUAUUCAGUUCUGCUUCCUCUCCGCUUGGAGCAGGCGAGCCACUCAGCUGUUGUACCCGACCAGAUUGGUGAGCUCUUUACGGAUCAAAAUGAGCUGAACCUUGAAUCAGCUUCUCAGAAUGAACCAGCCGCCUCUUACAGUGAAGACUUUUUUGAAUUACACAGCUCUGAGGAACCUGACGAUCAGGACAAUAGUCAACUUGAACAGGAUGGGGAAAUUUCCGAGGUGGAGGCAAAGGCCGCUGUCACCUGUAGGGAUCAAAGAGAUGUUGACCCAGACCAUUCACCCUACCGUGAGGCAGAACCUGGCGCUGGAAAAUUUGGCGCAACGCUGAGCUCAACUCUUGUAGCUUCGUUGCCUUCUCUACUGGGUGAGGCGCAACGGGGCCUAAUGCUCUUUGCUGCUACUCAGAGCCUGGCAGGAACAAGUUCACUUGGUGAUACUGAAAACGUGCCUACCGUUCCGGAUAAGGCGAGCCGAUGUGCAAGUAAUGGCGAUGAGGAAUCGAAUUCAAGGAAUGAAGAAGAGCAAGAAAUGGAAAGCAAUACAUUAGGGCUUUCUACACAUCAGAUCAUCGCCGAUGCCUUCCGACAGACACAAACUUUUGCUAGCAGCUUCGCAGACUCUGAAAAUGACUUUUAUAAUUGA